AUGUGGUGGUUUGCGUUUAUGCAUCAGCACAUCACCUUCGUGGACACAACUUUCGCAUCAAAAUUGUUGACGAGGCACACCAUUUGGAGAUGAAGCACUCGAGCGGUUACACUGGAAUCAUCAAACACAGGAUCUCAAGCGAGCUGGCAGCCCACUUCACCGCCACCUUUUACAUGCCUCGGAACAUUGACUUCAGAUACGACCUGGACAGAGCCAUAGAAGAAGGUCACGUUUGCGAUUUUAUGAUUACGGUGCCGGUUGGUGCCACUCAUGAUAUGGAAAGUAUGGGUCGGUUUAUCCUGGAAAAUCGGGAGCGGUUGACGCCCAUGCUGGUGGCGCUGAAUCGUGUGCAGCGAGCCAAAAAGUUUGCAGAGGUCCUUUGCAAGUUCGGACUGUCGGCCAAAGCUGUCGAUGGGGGCUUGAACCACACCGUGCGGCAUGGGAUUAAGAAAGAUUUGCAAAAUGGAAAGCUGGACGCAGUUUCCGUGGUCAAUAUCUUCAAUGAGGGCACAUCCAUCAACGAGCUGAAGUCAGUGGUCUUCAUGGACAAACGGCAGAGUGCAAUCAACGUGAAACAGCUGGCGAUGCGCGUGACGCGAUUGCACGACACCAAACCCUUUGCCAAUGUGGUGCUGCCUUUAUGUGAUGGGAGCUUUGAUAGAGACAUCAGAAACAUCAUCAGGUCCCUGGCAGAGAUCCACCCACAGCUCAAAGGAAGAGGGCAAGAGCACUUCUGUAAGUGGUUCCAUUUCGUGCCUUUGCGAAAGGGGCAGAAUUCCAGCGAUCUGGAUGGCAUGGACUGGACCAAUGUUUCGACGGAGCUGUUUGAUCGUUAUGGGCGCUACCUUGGUGGUGGCAGAGGGAUGGAGGUCUUUGACCAACGUGUGCAGCAGCUGACGAACUUCAUGGAGGAACAUGAUCACCUUCCGCAGCGAAAAACACCUCACCAGGAUGAACGCAUGUUGGCAAGUUACAUCCUGUACUGCAGAAAGAAGUUCAGAGCCAAUGCCUUGAGCGAUGCCCAGAUCCUCCAACUACGAGAAAUCCCGCAGAUGGCGGAGUUCAUGGAGACAUGGGAUGAUGAGGUUCCAGAUCGUAUAGACACCUUUGCAGAGAGGUGCAUGAUGCUGAAGAAAUGGGAGGCGAUACAUCACCGGCUACCCCAGGGACAGCAUUGCAGCCAGGAGGAGAAGUUCCUGAUCCAUGUGUUGCACGAGGUUGGGCGAGCAUUCCGCGCUGGGCAGCUCACAGAGGAUCAGAUCCGUCAGUUGGAGGAGAUCCCAGGAAUGCCACAGAGGUUGGAGAAGUGGAAGCGGCUGAUGAUGAAGAAGGAAGCUCGAGCCAAAUGGACUUGGUCUGAAGGAUGUAAUGCCUUGAAGGAAUGGCUGAAGAGCCAUGGAAACAGAAAGCCACGCAGUGGUGGGGAGCUCCAUGAGUACGCCCUUUGGGAGUGGUUGUCAGCAGCCAGGAAGCGAUUCAUCAAGGGCCGCCUCAGGGAGGAAGAGAUUAGAGAACUGGAGCAGCUCCCUACCAUGAUGUGGGAGCUCCUACAGUGGGAAGCACGAUGGGGCCCAGAGGAACGUUGGCAGCAGCAUGCGCAGGAGUUCCAAAGUUGGGUGCAGAACCGCAGUUUUCCAGAGGAGGCAGCUGAGAAAGAAGACUCACAGGGCUGA